AUGGCAGCAGCGCCUUACCGGAUCAGUGCUUUAAGGGUGGCCUGUGCUUUUCGCACAGUCUCCACGGAUGCUAUAAACGUCCUCGCGGGAAUGGUUCCCAUUGAGCUACUGGCUAAGGAACGGAGGUCGCUGUACCAGCAGAAGUCAGCUGAGGCGAGGAUCGAGGUGCUCUCCGGGCACGGGUGCUUCCGGAAGUACCUUCAUAAAUUUAACUAUGAAGAUGCUACAGAUUGUCCAACGUGCCUCGGAGUUGAUGAGGAUGCCGAGCACACUUUCUUCGAGUGCCCGCGCUUCAGUGCUACUCGAAGCACCGUCGAGAAGGAGCUGAAUAUACGUCUGACCCCGGAGAACCUAGUGGAACAGAUAUUGUCGUCGGAGGCGGCAUGGAAGGCCAUAAGUGCCUUCGCUGCUGUCGUGAUGAAGGAAUUGCGCAGACGAGAGCGCGAGAGAAAGAAGAUGACGCCAGAACAACAGACAGCCCAGGAGAUAGCAAGGAACGCCAACCCCUAA